AUGGUAAAUACCGGUAGACCAUCGAGAGGAUGUUAUCUCUGCAGAUCUCGGCGCGUCAAGUGUGAUGAGAAAAAGCCAGGCUGUGGUAAUUGCCAAAGAAUGAAGCGCCAAUGUCCGGGAUAUCGACCAUUUUUUGAUGUUAUGCAUCAUAAUGAGACGAAUUCCACACAACACAACACUUCCCCUACAAUUACAAACACAGCAGCGCUUUAUAAACAGAAAUCCUGCCCCAACACUCGGGACUUGGUAGAGGCAAUAAGCAACGGAACACAUUCGAUUCACCCACCUUUAACAGCAGCAUUGGAGGAACGCGCAAUUUGUUUCUUCCUUGCAAAUUAUGUUUUGAUCCCUCAUGGCCCAGUAAAACAUGGCUUUCUUGCAUUUCUACUCCCAUUAAUAAAACUUCAACCUUCGGCCAUGUUAUCAGAUUCUCUAUCUGCAAUAUCGCUGGCUACCUUUGGAAAUCAACCAAACGCGAAGACAUUAAAACCAAAGGCCGAGCAGGCUUACUCGAAAGCCUUGCGUCAAGUCACUAAUGCUAUCAGCGAUCCCAAACAAGCGGCCGAGGAUACUACACUUGCAGCGGUUUUGCUGCUUUGCUUAUUUGAGAAUAUAUCAGAUAUUCUGAUGAAAGAGAAUCAGGGGUGGAACUCCUGGAACUCUCAUAUGACUGGUGCCAUAGCGCUGCUGAAAAUGCGCAAUCCAAGAGGCCCAAUGUCUACAAUGACUUUGGAAUUAGUUUGGGGCAUAAAGAGACACGUGUCCCUCAGCUGCCUGUUCAACGGAAAACUGCUUGACUUUCCACAGGAGUGGAAUACAGUUCUUGAAGACUCAAAAGUUGAGCCUAAGGGAGGUCCAGCUAUAUGUAACCAACUUCAGGCCAAAGUUGCAAAAGCUCGUGUCGAUUGUGAUGAGCUUAUGACCAGUGCGCGACGAACGCCUCAAGACAUCGAAAAGGUCCUGAAUUUGAUGAAAAGAGCCGAAGCUAUAGAACAGGGCUACUUGGGUUGGGCAGAAGCAAUGCCAGCUGGUUUUCAAUACAAAUCCAUAGGAUGGAUCGAUGCUAUACCAGAAGAGAAAUUAGCUGGAUCGAAAUAUUUUCCAGGCAAGAUUGACAAGUACAAUGAAGUUUGGACAGCCCAUAUCUGGAAUAUGUCCCGAGGAUCACGAUUGAUCAAUCAUAGCACGAUCGUCCGAUGCGCUGCAUGGUUGUGCUCACCACAGGACUAUCGAACUACCGUAGAGUAUGAGAAAGCUAUGAUAGCUGGCAAAGAAAUGAUUCGGGACGUUAUUGCCAGCGUGCCCAAUUGCCUCAGCGAGAUACCCACAGCUAUGGAUGAGCCAAGCCCUUCUCAAUACAGUUUCGCAUGCGGAGAACAACGCAGCACCCAUGCGAAAGGGCUGUCUGCAUUCAGCAUGUUGUGGCCCUUAUUCUGCGUCAUUACGUCAGACUUUGUUACCGAGGCGCAGAGAGCGUGGACCCUGGGAAGAAUCAAAUAUGCGACAGAGGAAUUGGGCGUUAUCCAAGGAUCUACCAUGUAUACUAUGCAAACCUUAUCUGUACGAGUUCCAUCUUCAAUGUUAGAAAAAGACGGCCGAAUAAUACCUUCGAAAAUCGACAAUAUGUUGAGCCAGCAAAUACCCGUCCAACAAACCUUUCCAGUUGAAGAAACAUGGACCAACGAUGUUUUUCAUCAUUCAACCUCUAGCCCAACAUCAACAUCUUCCCACGAGGUGAAACAGCAGUUUUCACCCGGGCCCCAAUACGAUUGGACUUUAUUAAAUCCUAGCACUCUCGAUCUAAAUAUGAUCAAUAAUUGGUCCCAUCAAACGCAACCUAAUUGGCCUCGUCCAAACUCGGGUGCCAAAUUCAUCACCUCGGCAGGGCCAACUCAACAAACGUUGGCAAGUAUGAGUUCUCAUUCAGAUUACCCAGGCGAACCUCAACCAGGAAACAGGAACCACGACUGGCUGGCUGACAUGUUAACAUGUUGA